AUGUCAGAACAAGACGCAGAAACGUCGGGGCUCAACGGCAACGCUGAUGAACAAAAUGUGAAUAAAGAGGGGAAAGCCCCUGAACCGGAAUUAGGUGAAUCUCAGGUUGAAAGCAAUACCACUGUAGACACGCCUCCAGAUGUACAAGAUAGCGAUGCUGUGGAAAAGACUGAAACUGGCGAGGUGGUGGGGGAAGCGAUGCCCAAGUCAACUUUUUUGACAUCAGGUGAGGAGGACACAGUGGAGGCGACAGCUCAAGCGGACCUUCCAGAGGACAGCAGGCAAGAUGGAGCAUCACCAAAUAAAACAACCAUCUCAAAUGAUGCUGGGAACUCAACAGCCACUGGUAAGAAAGAUAAUUUACAAAGUAUCACAAUAAUAAUAGUAGUUUCAUGAUAGGAAGGGCAUUUGUCUGCUUUAUCAUGUUUCUCUCAAUCAUAUUCUGUGUUGGACAUGUUGUUUAUCUUCUCUAUUGUAGUGAAGAUCAUGCUGAUGCCGGAGGGCCACGUGAUGACGAUGGCCUUUGCAAUUGGGCUGACCAUCAAGGAGUUGAAGUUUCACUUUGCAAAUGAGCUGAAAGUGCCAUCAGAAGUCAUACAGAUCUCUCUUAGUGGUAAGCCUUUCUACUAACUGCUAAGGCCUUGACUUUCUUGGUUUAUGCAUUAUGAUUUAUGUCUUUGGCCAUCCAGGCAGGAUGGUAGAGGACCAUAGGACCCUGAUAGAGCUGGGAGUGCAGCCUCAUGGCACCAUCCAGUUAGAGAUGACCUCGUCUGACCCUGAAAACCACCCCAUCCGUCCUGUCAAGCCACAGCAGGACUACAACAUGCCUGAUGUCAUCACUGUCCGAGUCCAGACAGGUAUUUUUUACUAGUCUUUCUCUACCCAUCUUCUGGGAGACAAUACCAUACUGUUGCAGGGCCAGCUUUCAUGGAUGAUAGUCACAUGCGUUGCAUCCUUUAUCUGUAUAUUUCUGUCUCCCUUUCCCCCCCUUGCUCUCCCGCUCUCCCAGACCCAGAGACAUUCCAGGAUGUGGUGGUGGAGAUUGAGAGGGCCACCCAUAGGAAGGCUUUCCUGGGAGGCUACAGACACAAGGCCACAGAGACAGAGUACCACCAUGCAGCUGUACAGACCAUAGCUAAGAGGAAACCCAUUACGGGGGUGGGGACCUUCAGCCGCAAUACACAGGUACACACACACACACACUAGUCCUGAGCGAUUAACUGACAUUUGUUAUUUUGAAUUUUUUGAACAACUAAUUGACCGACGUCGGUUCAAUUAUUUGAAUUCCAUUUAGUUCUGUUUUUUUCUGUGGCUCAAUGCGCAGUUUCCUUAGAGAUACACUACGUGACCAAAAACAUUUCUGUAUGGACCUCGCUUUUUGCACUGGGAAUUGUCAUGCUGAAACAGGAAAGGGCCUUCCCCAAACUGUUGCCACAAAGUUGGAAGCACAGAAUCGUCUAGAAUGUAAUUGUAUGCUGUAGCGUUAAGAUUCCCUUCACUGGAACUAAAGGGCCUAGCCCAAACCAUGAAAAACAGCCCCAGACCAUUAUUCCUCCUCCAUCCAAACUUUACAGUUGGCACCAUGCAGUCGGGCAGGUAGCGUUCUCCUGGCAUCCGCCAAACCUAGAUUCGUCUGUCGGACUGCCAGAUGGUGAAGCGUGAUUCAUCACUCCAGAGAACACGUUUCCACUGCUCCAGAGUCCAAUGGCGGCGAGCUUUACACCACUCCAGCCGACACUUGGCAUUGCUUAUGGUGAUCUUAUGCUUGUAUGCGGCUGCUCGGCCAUGGAAACCCAUUUCAUGACGCUCCCGACGAACAGUUCCUGUGCUUGUGUUGCUUCCAGAGGCAGUUUGGAACUCGGUAGUGAGUGUUGCAACCGAGGACAGACGAUUUUUACACGCUACGUUCUUCAGCACUUGGCGGUCCCGUUCUGUGAGCUUGUGUGGCCUACCACUUUGAGGCGUAGCCGUUGUUGGUCAGACGUUUCCAAUUCACAAUAACGGCACUUACAGUUUACCGGGGCAGCUCUAGCAGGGCAGAAAUUUGACGAACUGGUUUGUUGGAAAGGUGGCAUCCUAUGAUGGUGCUACAUUGAAAGUCACUGAGCUCUUCAGUAAGGCCAUUCUACAGCCAAUGUUUGUCUAUGGAGAUUGCAUGGCUGUGUGCUCGAUUUUAGACACCUGUCAGCAACGGGUGUGGCUGAAAUCGCCUAAUCCACUAAUUUGAAGGGGUGUCCACAUACUUUUGUAUAUAUAGUGUAAAUCAGAUCAAGCCCGAACUGUGCGAUGUACAGUGAGGGAAAAAAGUAUUUGAUCCCCUGCUGAUUGUGUACGUUUGUCCACUGACAAAGAAAUUAUCAGUCUAUAAUUUUAAUGGUAGGUUUAUUUGAACAGUGAGAGACAGAAUAACAACAAAAAAAUACAGAAGAACGCAUGUCAAAAAUGUUAUAAAUUGAUUUGCAUUUUAAUGAGGGAAAUAAGUAUUUGACCCCCUCUCAAUCAGAAAGAUUUCUGGCUCCCAGGUGUCUUUUAUACAGGUAACGAGCUGAGAUUAGGAGCACACUCUUAAAGGGAGAGGGAGAGGAGAUAAUUUCUUUGUCAGUGGGCAAACGUACAAAAUCAGCAGGGGAUCAAAUACUUUUUUCCCUCACUGUAGUAGGGUGUUGUAGUUUCCAACAGGCCAAUAUUCUACAUAGUUUAGCGCAGAAAACAUGGUAAUUAACUACAAGGACCAUAAUCCAUUGUGUGCCUACUUGUCCGGUCUGUGUGGGACAGACACGGAGAGGGAGAGGAGCGAUCGAGAGGGAUAGAGAGCAGUUGCUUCGUGGGGUAUCGCUACCUGAAAAUACAUUGAUAGUUGGUAUUGUGAUUUUGUCAGACAGCAUAGGCAGCAGCUCUAUAGAAAUGACAUGAUGUCUUGGAAUAAAGUAAUCAAAUAAAACAAAUGUAAUAUACACAACAACUGAAAUAUUUUAUUCAAGUAAAGUAAUGUGAAUAAAUGUUGUUGUUACAGCAUUCAACCCACAUAAAGCAUAGUGCAUUUAAUGUGUAAAAAAAGGUUUGAAACCAAAAACAAACAACAAAUAUAUAUAUAUAUACAGUACCAGUCAAAAGUUUGGACACACCUACUCAUUGAAGAGUUUUCCUUUCUUUAUUUCUACAUUGUAGAAUAAUAAUGAAGACAUCAAAACUAUGAAAUAACACAUGGAAUCAUGUAGUAACCAAAAAAGUGUUAAACAAAUCAAAAUAUAUUUUAUAUUUGAGAUUCUUCAAAUCGCCACCCUUUGCAUUGAUGACAGCUUUGCACACUCUUGGCAUUCUCUCAACCAGCUUCACCUGAAAUGCUUUUCCAACAGUCUUGAAGGAGUUCCCACAUAUGCUGAGCACUUGUUGGCUGCUUUUCCUUCACUCUGCCGUCUGACUCAUCCCAAACCAUCUCAAUUGGGUUGAGGUCAGGGGAUUGUGGAGGCCAGGUCAUCUGAUGCAGCACUCCAUCACUCUCCUUCUCGGUAAAAUAGCCCUUACACAGCCUGGAGGUGUGUUGGGUCAUUGUCCUGUUGAAAAUCAAAUUAUAGUCCCACUAAGCCCAAACCAGAUGGGAUGGCGUAUCGCUGCAGAAUGCUGUUGUAGCCGUGCUGGUUAAGUGUGCCUUGAAUUAUAAAUGAAUCACAGACAGUGUCACCAGCAAAGCACCCCCACACCAUAACACCUCCUCCUCCGUGCUUUAUGGUGGGAACUACACAUGCGGAGAUCAUCCGUUCACCCACACCACCAAAGACACGGCUUGAACCAAAAAUCUGGACUCCAGACCAAAGGACACAUUUCCAACAGUCUAAUGUCCAUUGCUUGUGUUUCUUGGCCCAAGCAGGUCUCUUCUUAUUAUUAUUGGUUUCCUUUAGUAGUGGUUUCUUUGCAGAAAUUCGACCAUGAAGGCCUGAUUCACACAGUCCCCUCUGAACAGUUGAUGUUGAGAUGUGUCUGUGACUUGAACUCUGUGAAGCAUUUAUUUGGGCUGGUAACUCUGAUGAACUUAUCCUCUGCAGCAGAGGUAACUCUGGGUCUUCCAUUCCUGUGGUGAUCCUCAUGAGAGCCAGUUUCAUCAUAGUGCUUGAUGGUCUUUGCGACUGCACUUGAAGAAACUUUCAAAGUUCUUGACAUUUUCCGUAUUGACUGACCUUCAUGUCUUAAAGUAAUGAUGGACUGUCGUUUCUCUUUGCUUAUUUGAGCUGUUCUUGCCAUAAUAUGGACUUGGUCUUUUACCAAAUAGGGCUAUCUUCUGUAUACCCCCUACCUUGUCAUAACACAACUGAUUGGCUCAAACGCAUUAAGAAGGAAAGAAAAUCCACAAAUUAAGUUUUAAGAAGUCACACCUGUUUUUUUUGUUUUUUUUUCGGGGGGAAUGGAUCAGCUUAAUAUUGCAGAUAGAUUGUAUCUUCUAUCAAUGUAAUUGUCUGCAUCACUUCCAAUCCCCCAUGUUUAUUUUUAUUUUUUAUAUAUAUAUUCCCCUUUAUUACUUUUCAACCCCACCAUCCUUUCCCUACUUGGAGUAAAUUAGUGAACAACAACGCCCAGGCCUCUACUUCCGGUCUAUACUUACUAUCUACACCUUAUGGACAGAGUUAAUUUUACAAUAAUUCCAUAUAUAUAUAUAUAUAUUUUUUUUUUGCUCCUGAACUUCUUCUACUCGAAACCUCUCCGAUCAUUUUCAUGAUGUCCAUCCGGUUUGCUUCUAAAUGCCAUAUCUUUCUAACUGUGCUCUUUCCCAAAAGCUCCCAACAUACAACCUAUAUACUUAUUAUGGACACAGUAUGCUUACAUUAUUAGCUAUCUUUGUUAUUAUUUGUUAUUAGUCCCAUCCUUCAACUCUAUUCAAUACCUCCCAUCUAUCUCUUAACACCAUCCAUAUAGGAUUUCUAUUUGCCAUAUAUAUUUCAACCGUACUGUGAUGUUUUACAAAAGUUCUGAACCUUUCUAUUCUCAUUGCUUCUACAGAUUGUGAAUUAAAAAUAAACAUUUUUGCUAAAAGUAUUAUUAUAUUAUUGAUUGAUUGACUAUGACUUUUCAGAUCACCCAGUAAUGCUAUCUGCAAGGUUAGUUCCAGGUAAAUAUUGCAAUCCUUUAGCCAUUCCUGGACCUUUGUCCAAAAACAAGCUACAAAUGGACAGAACCAAAACAAAUGAUCUAAUGAUUCUGUCUCUUCACAGCAACAUCUGCAGAGCUGGGAAGAUUGUAUCCCAAAAAUAACAUUAAUGCAAGUUUUAUUAAUGAAUCACUUGCCCUCAUCCUUCGGAGCUCUUUGGUCUUGCCAUGGGGGAAAGUUGGGAAAUCUGAUAUGAUUGCUUCUGUGACAUGUGUCUUUCAUACAGGUAAAAAGCUGAGAUUAGGAGCACCCCUUAAGAGUGUGCUCCUAAUCUCAGCUCGUUACCUGUAUAAAAGACACCUGGGAUGAGAGGGGGUCAAAUACUUUUUCCCUCAUUAAAAUGCAAAUCAAUUUUAACUUUUUUUGACAUCGUUCUUCUGGAUUUUUUUGUUGUUAUUCUGUCUCUCACUGUUCAAAUAACCUACCUUUAAAAAUUAUAGACUGAUCAUUUCUUUGUCAUUGGGCAAACGUACAAAUCAGCAGGGAUCAAAUACUUUUUUCCCUCACUGUAGUGGGGUGUUGUAGUUUCCAACAGGCCAAUAUUCUCCCUAGUUUUUGCGCAGAAAACAUGGUAAUUAACUACAAGGACCAUAAUCCAUUGUGUGGCCUACUUUUUCCGGUCUGUGUGGGACAGACACGGAGAGGGAGAGGAGCGAUCAAGAGGGAUAGAGAGCAGGUUGCUUUGUGGGGUAUCGCUACCUGAAAAUACAUGAUAGUUGGUAUUGUGAUUUUGUCAACAGUAUAGGCAGCAGCUCUAUGGAAAUGACAUGAUGUCUUGGAAUAAAGUAAUCAAAUAAAACAAAUGUAAUAUACACAACACUGAAAUUUUUAUUCAAGUAAAGUAGUGUGAAUAAAUGUUGUUGUUACAAAGCUUUCAACCCACAUAAAGCAUAGUGCUUUUAAAUGUGUAAAAAAGGUUUGAAAACCAAAAAAAACAAAAAAAAUAUAUAUAUACAGUACCAGUCAAAAGUUUGGACACACCUACUCAUUGAAGAGUUUUUUCCUUUCUUUAUUUCUACAUUUUAAAUAAUAAUGAAGACAUCAAAACUAUGAAAUAACAAAAGGAAUCAUGUAUUAAACCCAAAAAGUGUUAAACAAAUCAAAAUAUAUUUUAUAUUUGAGAUUCUUCAAAUCGCCACCCUUUGCAUUGAUGACAGCUUUGCACACUCUUGGCAUUCUCUCAACCAGCUUCACCUGAAAUGCUUUUCCAACAGUCUUGAAGGAGUUCCCACAUAUGCUGAGCACUUGUUGGCUGCUUUUCCUUCACUCUGCCGUCUGACUCAUCCCAAACCAUCUCAAUAGGGUUGAGGUCAGGGGAUUGUGGAGGCCAGGUCAUCUGAUGCAGCACUCCAUCACUCUCCUUCUUGGUAAAAUAGCCCUCACACAGCCUGGAGGUGUGUUGGGUCAUUGUCCUGUUGAAAAUCAAAUUAUAGUCCCAGUAAGCCCAAACCAGAUGGGAUGGCGUAUCGCUGCAGAAUGCUGUUGUAGCCGUGCUGGUUAAGUGUGCCUUGAAUUAUAAAUGAAUCACAGACAGUGUCACCAGCAAAGCACCCCCACACCAUAACACCUCCUCCUCCGUGCUUUAUGGUGGGAACUACACAUGCAGAGAUCAUCCGUUCACCCACACCACCAAAGACACAGCGGUUUGAACCAAAAAUCUCCAAUUUGGACUCCAGACCAAAGGACACAUUUCCAACAGUCUAAUGUCCAUUGCUUGUGUUUCUUGGCCCAAGCAGGUCUCUUCUUAUUAUUAUUGGUUUCCUUUAGUAGUGGUUUCUUUGCAGCAAUUCGACCAUGAAGGCCUGAUUCACACAGUCCCCUCUGAACAGUUGAUGUUGAGAUGUGUCUGUGACUUUUAUUUGGGCUGCAAUUUCUGAGGCUGGUAACUCUGAUGAACUUAUCCUCUGCAGCAGAGGUAACUCUGGGUCUUCCAUUCCUGUGGUGAUCCUCAUGAGAGCCAGUUUCAUCAUAGUGCUUGAUGGUUUUUGCGACUGCACUUGAAGAAACUUUCAAAGUUCUUGACAUUUUCCGUAUUGACUGACCUUCAUGUCUUAAAGUAAUGAUGGACUGUCGUUUCUCUUUCCUUAUUUGAGCUGUUCUUGCCAUAAUAUGGACUUGGUCUUUUUCCAAAUAGGGCUAUCUUCUGUAUACCCCACUACCUUGUCAUAACACAACUGAUUGGCUCAAACGCAUUAAGAAGGAAAGAAAAUCCACAAAUUAACUUUUAAGAAGUCACACCUGUUAAUUGAAAUGCAUUCCAGGUGACUACCUCAUGAAUCUGGUUGAGAGAAUGCCAAGAGUGUGCAAAGCUGUCAUCAAGGCAAAGGGUGGCUAAGAAUCUCAAAUAUAAAGUAUUUGUUUAACACUUUUUUAGUUACUACAUGAUUCCAUAUGUGUUAUUUCAUCGUUUUGAUGUCUUCACUAUUAUUCUACAAUGUAAAAUUUUUUACAAAUAAUGAAAAACCCUUGAAUGAGUAGGUGUGUCCAAACCUUUGACUGGUAGUAUAUAUUAUUUAAAUAAUCUAACCGAAACGACCACAAAAAACACUAAGCACUCAGCACUAACACACACACAUUCAAUGUAUUUUUCAAACAUUCUUUGUUUUUGGCACCUGGAGCUGCAUAAGGUAUGCGAACAAUCCAAUUUUCCCCCUCAGACAGUGACGGUGAAGAGCCAGUUCCAGCAGUGCACCAACAGCACAUCCACCCAGAUGACCAAGAUCGGCUGCUACGUGUCCAACAUGGAGGACAAGCUCAUCUCCCCUGGCUCCUACAUCACCGCCGACCAGUACCACGGCAAGAGACUGAGAGCUGUACGUCCUCUACACAUAGACAGACAGACCUGAAUUUGUAUCUCUGUGCUCACAGCUUUACCCCCACCUAUAGGUGAUUGCUCUGCAAACGUACACGCGGCGCUGGCAGGCCAAGCGGAUGACGGACCGGCUGAGGCAGGACAGGGAGCUGCGUCUGGCCUGGAUGGAGAGAGAGGGGAGGAGGAAGAGGGAGGAGAAAGAUGAGCAGAUCAAGGCUGAGCACCACAGGAGGAUGAACCCACAGUGCAGGGAUGACUUCGCCCUGCUCUACAGUGCCCUGGAGAGUAAGCAGGGACCUCCCUUUGCUGCCCCUGUGUGUGUGUGUGUGUGUCACAGUAGGUUGGUGGCAACUUAAUUGGGGAGGACGGACUUGUGGUAAUGGCUGGAGCUGAAUUGGUGGAAUGGUAUCAAAUACAUCAAACACAUGGUUUCCAUGUGUUUGAUGCCAUUCCAUUCGCUCCGUUCCAGACAUUAUUAUGAGCAUUAUCCCCUCAGCAGCCUCCACUGGUGUGUGUGUGUGUGUGUUUGUGUUUGUGUGUGUUUAAAUCCUCUGUGUGUGUUUGUAACAGAGUGGAGGAGAGAGGAGGUAGAGCACAUCGAUGCCACUCUGGAUGGUGCUGAGAGGAAGGCUGCUCUGUGUGCGCUACUGGAGCAGGAGACCCAGCUCAUUGCCUCCAUCGGACGCCACCGCAUCGCCGCCGGAGAGAGGAAUUACGACAAGGCCGUGCAGGCCUUCCUUGAGAAGGUCAGAGGUCCCCUCCACUCUAUUCUCUCCCACUGCUCUGGGAUAUGUGCGGUGUCCCAUUAAUUCUCUAUCAGAGUUUCCCAUAGCAUUGUAUAGGCAAUGCAGGGUCUCCUUAGUUUGAAUUAAAACGUUUGACCAAAUGAUAUAUUAUUUUUGUAUUUGCCAGUGUGCUGCCCCUAAGAGGUGGCGUGCGUUCGAUGGGAAGAUUACCCAGAUGGACACCCAGUACACCAUCAGAGCCAAGGAGCUGAGAGACCUGUACUCCAGCAUCAACCUGCGCUACCUCAACCAGGAGGAGAGGCUGGAUGUGCUGCUCACACUCAAACACACCGUCAAGGUGGGAACACUUACCCUCAACCCAUACUGACUGAAAAGAUAGAUUCUUCUUGAGCUGUUUUUAGAUAUGAAAUAUACAUACUGAAUUGACAAUUGCCGAUUGUUUUCUUUAAGGACUUUUUAAUUUGUGAGUCAUGAAAAUGCUUCAUAAUCAUAAUGCUUUUGUGUGAUUGUACAGGAGCACGACUGCAAGCUGACCCAGGACAUUGUGGAGUUGAUUGACAGGGAGGCGGACCUCCUGAUGAGGGGGGUGAAGGAGACCAAUCUGGAGGGGCUGAGGAAGAGAAUCUCCACCCUCUUCCUCCAGUACAUCAAAACCCCCACCUUUAACCCUGAGGUGGCCAAACUGCUCAAGGUACACUACAUGACCAAAUGUAUAUGGACACCUGCUCGUCGAACAUCUCAUUCCAAAAUCAUGGGCAUUCAUAUGGAGUUGGUCCCCCCUUUGCUGCUAUAACAGCCUCCACUUUUCUGGGAAAGCUUUCCACUAGAUGUUGGAACAUUGCUGCGGGGACUUGCUUUCAUUCAGCCACAAGAGCAUUAGUGAGGUCGGGCACUGAUGUUGGGUGAUUAGGCCUGGAUUGCAGUCGGCAUUCCAAUUCAUCCCAAAGGUGUUCGAUGGGGUUGAGGUUAGGGCUCUGUGCAGGCCAGUCAAGUUCUUCCACACCGAUCUCGACAAACCAUUUCUGUACGGACCUCGCAUUGUGCACGGUGGCAUUGUCAUGCUGAAACAGGAAAGGGCCUUCCCCAAACUGUUGCCACAAAGUUGGAAGCACAGAAUCAUCUAGAAUGUCAUUGUAUGAGUGGUAUGUCAAGAUUUCCUAGCACGAACCAUUAAAAACAGCACCAGACCAUUAUUCCUCCUCCACCAAACUGUACAGUUGGCACUAUGCAUUCAGGCAGGUAGCUGUCUCCUGGCAUCCGCCAAACCCAGAUUCGUCCGUCAGACUGCCAGAUGGGGUAUUCAUCCCUCCAGCGUGAUUCAUCACUCCAGACAACACAUUUCCACGGCUCCAGAGUCCAAUGGCCUUUCACCACUCCAGCCGACGCUUGGCAUGGCUUAUGGUGAUCUUAGGCUUGUGUGCGGCUGCUCGGCCAUGGAAACCCAUUUCAUGAAGCUCCCGACUAACAGUUUUUGUGCUAGGCGCUUCAGUACUCGCCGGUCCCGUUCUGUGAGCUUGUGUGGCCUACCACUUCGCGGCUGAGCCGUUGUUGCUCCUAGACGUUUCCACUUCACAAUAACAGCACUUACAGUUGACCAGGACAGCUCUAGCAGGGCAGACAUUUGAUGAACUGACUUGUUGGCAAGGUGGCAUCCUAUGACAGUGCCACGUUGAAAGUCACUGAGCUCUUUAGUAAGGCCAUUCUUCCAAUGUUUGUCUAUGGAGGUUGCAUGGCUGUGUGCUCGAUUUUAUACACCUGUCAGCAACGGGUGUGGCUGAAAUAGCCAAAUCCACUAAUUUGAAUGGGUGUCCUCAUACUUUUGUAUAUGGAGUGUACAUCUCUGAGACUGUAUGGUGUUUAGGUGUUAUAUGGUGUAUUUUAUUGUCAAUAAAAUACCAUUAUUGAACCUUCCCACUGGGCGCAGAUGUCAAUUCAACAUCUAUUCCACAUUGGUUCAACGUCUUUUCAUUGAAAUGACGUUGAAACAACGGUGAUUCAAGCAGUGUGUGCCCAGUGGGUUCACUUAGGCCAAUUAAGAAAACUGUAUUAUGUACAGUAUGAAACAAAAACUUGUGCGUGUCAAAUUCUGACCCUCACCCUCUCCAUCCCCCUCCUUCCUCCUUCAGGUCCCCCAGGACCCAGCCCAGCUGAGGAAGAACAUCUACUUCUGCCGCGGCUGCAGCCGCUACCUGCUGUCCACCGACUUUGCCCUGACGGCCAAUGCUCGCCUGGUGGGCAAGUGUCGUAGCUGUUCGGAGCUAGACAACGAGGCUCGCCGUCGUGAGGAUUUCUCCCACUACAAGACCAUCCUCAGGAGGCUCCGCAAGACUGAGGCCCAGAGGAACAAGGAGGCCAAGAUUACCUACCUGCUGCAGGUGUGUGUGUGUGUGUGUGUGUGUGUGUGUGUGUGUGUGUGUGUGUGUGUGUGUGUGUGUGUGUGUGUGUGUGUGUGUGUGUGUGUGUGUGUGUGUGUGUGUGUGUCUGUCUGACUGUGGUCGUGUGUAUCUUACAGGAGCAAGACCUGCGGUACCUGGUAGAUGUAGUGUGGGGGGCCCAGUCGGCCCUCAGUGCGUGGAGCGACAUGCAUGACCUGGUGAUGGUGAGGUGGGAUUGCCAGUGGGAGUGGAGUCCCUGGAACUGCAUCCUGCUCACCAAGGGGGAAGCUGCUGCUCACAUCAAAAUGGAGAACAUUGAGAAGGUGAACACACACACACACUUUUGAGGGUUUAAAAUGAAUUGCCUAGUUUCUACAGCAGAUGUUGUUGUAACUAAGUAAACAUAACCUAUAUUAACAACCUUACAGAGAUAGUAUUAGUACCAGAGAGAGAAGAAUCAGUUCUAGGCAAUAUUAUGUAAUAGAUUUUGAUACCACUAGCUAGAUGGGGAAAGUCUAAAGUAUCAAACCCCUGUUGACCAUGGACAGGCCUAUGGAGUGGUGUUCAUUCGGAAUGUCAAACACAAACACACACUGGCAAAGAAAUACUUCUCCCAGAUCCCCGUCAUGGCCAAAUACCUCCAGGACGUGGACUCGCAAUCAGCCACCCACGGCAACCUGUUAGUCGCCAAGCCCAUCACGAAUGCGACAACCAGGAUCCUGACCACCACCCCACAAGCCGCUGGUGGUAAGGCCACGCAGUGA